GAAGAUAUGUAUCGUACCACUGAAGGUUAUAUUGAACGCAUCAUAAUUUCUGCGAAAAACUAACAUAUUAAUCGUACUUUCGUCCAGGUAACAAUAUAAAUGAUUGUCAGACGAGUUUUAAAGCCGCUCCGGUAAGUUGUGUAACGUUAGCCUUUACUGACAACCGAAACGGGACUAGGAUUCAAGAUCACAGAAUGUUUAGGCGAUACUUUUGUACUGACUAAAAGUCACAAAGCUAGCUGUUAGUUGGGGUUUGAUGCUCUUUAUUUCUCGUGGCUUUGUAAGCUGUCACGUUGCUUAAUUUAUUUUUCAUGACGAAAUAAUGAUGUGACGCACCAACAGAAGCUCUUGAAAUAUUAGACUUGAGGGUUUACUCAGAAAUGACAGAAAUUCUGCGGAUAAUCCACAGCGGCUUUCUAAAAGUGGUGUUGUUCCCCAGCACCUUUGGGAAUAAAGCGCUUCGUCCUGCCGCCUCUGAAGUAUUAACAUGUCACCUCACGCAGCGCGCACUCCCGCCCUGGACCUCGUUCUGCGUGCGCUACCGUGACGUCAUCAAUGACCAGUUCGGUCUGUCCAACUUCAACUGGCAGGUGCAGGGAGCGAACUACCACAUCCUUAGAACUGGUGCUUUCCCUUUCAUCAAAUACCACUGCACCAAAGCACCUCCUCAGAACCUGGAGUUUGAAAAUAGUUUUUUUGCUGCAUUGAAAGUCGUUAAUCUUGGUAUCCCAUGCUUGGCAUAUGGCUUGGGUUCAUGGAUGGUAGUUGGUGUGACAGAGAAGGUUCAGACAUCUGCAGGACCUGUCACCGUUUACUUUGCGUACAAGGAGGUGGACGGUGCUCAGUUCUAAUAUUCUACUAUUUGAAAAUGACUUGAGUUUCACAGGCCAAUAUUUGUCAUA